AUGGCUCCUACUGCUGUUACCCAAGAACCAAAAGACGUCCAAGAAACAAUUAAAAGAUUAGCUGGCUUAAAAGUUAUUGGCCAUUCCAAAAACUCAAAGGGGAUCAUCACUGGGUAUGAUCCUGAAUGGGCCGAUAAGUUACCAGAAACCACUAAACAGAGAUACGCCAAAUAUGGUGUUGACAUUUCCAAAGGUUAUCCUUAUAUCCCAGUAAAUGAAAAAGUGCCAAAAUUUGUUGAUGAAGUUUUUGCUAUUAGAAAUGAAGAAUAUCCUUACAUUGAAAGAGGUAAAAAUGCUGACCCGGAGAAGAAGCUGUUAUUUGAUGCUGCUGAAGACGUCAUCCAUUUAACUCCUUAUAUUGGUACUGAAAUUGUUGGAUUACAAUUGAGCGAAUUAACUGAUAAACAAAAGGAUGAAUUGGCUUUGUUGAUUGCGGAAAGAGUUGUUGUUUUCUUCAAAGAUCAAGAUUUGUCUCCUCAGAAGCAACUUGAAUUAGGUCACUAUUGGGGUCAAGUUGAAGUACACCCACAAGCCUCAAGAAUAGGUGAGGAAUUUGAUGGAAUAUCUGUUAUUUGGCAAGAGCAACAAAGAGACAGAUGGGACUUAAAUUUGACUUUCAAACAAUCAAAAAAAGGUAACUCUCAAUGGCACAGUGAUUUGGUCCAUGAGAAACAAACUGCUGGAAUCACCCAUUUACAUCUUGAUGCUAUUCCAGGUAUUGGUGGUGAAACUUUGUGGAGUUCUACUUAUGGCGCAUACGAUAAAUUGUCUCCAGCUUUACAAAAGUUUUUGGAUGGCAAGACGGCAAUUUACAGAUCUGCCCAUCAAUAUUUAGACAGAAAGGAUCCAUUGAAGGGCCCUAAAUAUGUUGAAAGAGAACACCCAAUUGUUAGAACUCAUCCAGUAACUGGUUGGAAGUACUUGUUUGUUAACCGUUCCAUGACUGUUAGAAUUGUUGGAUUGUUGCCUGAAGAAUCCGAUUUGAUUUUGAACUAUUUGUAUUCAGUUAUUGAAACCAACAGAGAUAUACAAGUUAGAUGGUCAUGGCAAAAGGAAUUGGGAAGUGUCAAAAACAACAAGAAAGAAGAACCAAAACAAUACCGUGGUGUUAGUGCCUUAUGGGACAACAGAAUUAGUAACCAUAGUGUUGUCCAUAGUGAAGAAUCAAUUGUUGGCAGACAUGGUACAAGGGUUACAUCUUUAGCUGAUACUGGUUAUUACGAUCCAAAUUCAAAAUCUCAAAGGGAAUCUUUGGGCUUGUCUUUAGAUUAG